GCAUUCCUUCCUUCUUACCAAAGAAAUACAUUUCACACUUUCUUAAAUUAAUUGGCCCCUCAGGCCAUGAGUGAAACCAUGUCUUCUCCAGGCGAUUGGACUCAAUUCUACCAGCAAAAUGUUUCAGGUUCGGGCCAAAUGAACCCUCCAGGUCGACCCUCUUCAGGAAUCUCUCCCGUUUCCGAUUCCAUGAUUACUUCUGUCACUACCUCUCUCGCUUCAUCCUCAGCUUCAGCUGCAGCUGCCUCGGGGUCAAAUAUCGGAAACCUCAGCCCCGAUGGCCGAGUCUCAAAGCCCGUACGGAGACGUUCCAGGGCCUCCCGGAGAACCCCCACAACGUUACUUAACACAGACACGACCAAUUUCCGGGCCAUGGUGCAACAAUUCACAGGCGGCCCGACAGCUCCUUUCGCAUCCGGGCCGCACCCCGGAGGGCCUUCAGGGUUCAAUUUUGGGCUUGGAGGAGGUCGCCAGGUUCAGGUUAACAACCCUGGAAACGUUAUGGUGCCUCCAGGUUAUCAUUUUCAGUAUCAGGCUCAGGCGCAGGCGCAGGCGCAGCGGUACCAGCAGCAACAAAACCAGGGCGGCGGUGGGUACAUGAUUUCUCUGGGGAAUAGUAACAUUCCAGGUUCCGGAGGAGAUGGGUUUUUUCAGAGAUUGGGAGGAAAUCCGAGGCCAAACAUGGAGAUUUCAGAUGGGUUUAUGAUGGAAAACAUGAAUAGUAAUGUUUCUUCUUCACAAGUAGGUGGAAAUCCAAAUCCUGGAAGGCCUGGUUCCAAUGAGAAUAGGGGUAACAGUUUCAUGUUUUAAGAGAGAGAAAGGAGAAAGUUAGGUACUGACUUGUCUUUAGGGAGAACCAUUGACUUGUGUAAAUAAAAAUCUUUUUCAUUACACAUGAUAGUUAAUUAGCUACAUUAAUCUAAUUGCGGGGGGGGACUAAUUAAGUUUUUAAUUUUUGUUUUUUUGUUUUUAUUUUCUUUGUUUUUGCUGUUUGCUUUGGAAAAACCAUGUGCCUUUCUUGGGAAUUUAUUUGUUGAAGUGGACCUCAAUCUAUUGUUUGAUAUUAAAACUAUAUAAUAUAUAAACCCACAAGUUGGGUUCUCAUUUCA